CAACUCAGGAAGAAGUAUGUUUAUUAUUAUUCACAUUAUUCAUAUUAUUAUUAUUCAUAUUAUUAUUGUUAUUAUUAUUAUUAUUAUUAUUAUUAUUAUGUUUAAUAGAUCAUCUGUUUUCCCCAUUUUUUAUUUGAUGCAUUUUUAUUUUUUAUUAUUAUUUUUCCAAAACGAACCAAGUAUCCACCAAGAGAAACCAUAAAAAAUAAUAUUUUUUGUUGGAUUAAAAGUGGAAGAGAUGUUAAAAAAUCUACAUAUAGUUAGGUAUUAUUGGAACAGUAUAUUGCCUCGGGAACAUAUAUUAGAUUCUAUUGGCUGAGUACAAGUCAAGUGACUGAAUAAUUCAAACGGGAGAUGGUGGUAUGAAAGAGCCAAGGGCAAAGACACAGAGAGGGAGCACAGGGGCUCUGAUGGAGAUAGAUGCUGUUGCCAGGAAACAGCAGCCACAUAAACGUCCACUGAAUACAGCAGCAGGAUUACCCACAGGGUUGAACAGACUCAGAGACUAAUGCUCAUUUUUCUCAAGUUGCUUGCAGGAAAACACACAUUUUUUUGUGGAUAUUUUUGGAUACAGAAAACAAUCUUGGUGAAAGGAUGUAUGGAUUCACAUUAGGAGGAAAGGAAAGAUGGAGGGGGAAAGGGAGGUCAUGACUGCCAGAGCAGAUGCAUUCCUCUUAAAGGGAUUUUGUGUCUUGGUGGUUGGAAGAAGAAGCCGAGAGGCAGACUGUCGACUUCGCUGAAAAUCUUUCCCACACCAAAGGUGGCCGCGGCCAGAGGAGGGGAGGGGGGAGGACAGAACAGAGGUUCCUCCUGUCUUCAGACACCUGCUGCUGGCUGAGCUGCUGAGACUGAGGACGCUGUGUCUGUGCAUGGGUAUAUUAGUGUGCAUUAAUAAAAGAGAAAGAGGAGGGAAUUCACACUGGUGUGUCCGUUGAUGUGGAGGAUUGGGACUUUUUCUUUCUGUCGUGAAGCAUCUAAGACUGCAGAGGAGAGACACGAUUACGCAGGCACGCCUCAAAGACACAAUCUGAGGGGAUCUUGUGUUGCUCACGCCCACAGAUGGGCACUACAGAGGCCACUCUGCGAAUGGAGAACAUGGAGGUGAAAGAUGAGUGGCAGGAUGAAGACUUCCCCAGACCUCUACCUGAGUACGGAGACAUGGAUCCCUCUUGUGGACUCACGGACAACAGAAUCUCUCCUCCCAGCUCCCUGCACGUGACUCCACCUGGAGGAGGGGGCGUGUCCUCAAGUCACCGCAAACGACGCACACUGGUCGCCCCGGAGAUGAACUUGUCCUUGGACCAAAGCGAGGGCUCCCUGCUGUCAGAUGACUUCCUGGACACUCCAGAUGACUUGGACAUCAACGUGGAUGACAUUGACACUCCGGAUGACACAGACUCGCUGGAGUUCAUCGCCAAUGGCAACGACCUGGAGUGGGAAGAUGACGCCCCGGUGGCCUCAGCCAAAGCAAAUCCCAGCAACGCGUCUGGAGAGACAGACGGAGAUGCAAAUGCAAACAACGGGCGGCUGUGGAGGACGGUGAUCAUCGGCGAGCAGGAGCAUCGUAUUGACAUGCAGGUCAUCAGGCCUUACCUUCGUGUCAUCACACAUGGAGGUUACUAUGGAGAAGGCCUAAACGCUAUCAUUGUGUUCUCUGCCUGUUACCUGCCUGACAGCAGCUGUCCAGACUAUCACUACAUCAUGGAAAACCUCUUCCUAUACGUGGUGAGCAGCCUUGAGAUGCUUGUGGCUGAAGAUUACCUGAUCAUCUACAUGAACGGCGCCACUCCUCGAAAUAAGAUGCCUGGGAUCAGCUGGCUGAAGAAAUGCUACCAAAUGAUUGACAGAAGAUUGAGGAAGAACCUGAAGUCUCUGGUUAUCGCUCAUCCUACGUGGUUCAUACGCACCGUCCUGGCUAUUUCCAGACCUUUUAUCAGUGUGAAGUUCAUGAAUAAAAUCCAGUACGUUCACAGUCUGGAUGAACUGGCUGAGAUCGUCCCCAUGGAGCACGUCCACGUCCCUGAAUGCGUGGUGCAAUUUGAUGAGGAGCGAAUAAAAGCGCGAAGAGAAAGGAUGGAGCAGGAGCAGCGACAGCAGGAGAAGCAAUCAGCGCCACAGGAAGCUGCUAAAAAGUCUGAGAGGCCAAAGUCAGUGAUUGUAGAUCAAGGAUGAUGAGUCGGGCCGAGUUUUCUCUGAAAAUGAAGGCAUGUUUAACAAGUUCAAACACCAUCAACAUCCAGCUGACGUAUCCGGAAGAAUAGACUCCUAUUAGAGCCAUUUAGAUUCUAUAUCCUCUCUGCUACAACAGACUUCAUCCCAACGUGUACAAAGGAAGUGCAAUAAAAGCUGAAAACGGCUGAAUUUCCUCAGGCCAUGUUGAGACAUAACAUGCAACCUGAAUAUUAUUGAGCUCUUUCUAUGAUAUAACCAUUUUUUCACAUCCUGUUACAUCAAAUUGGAUAGAUUGCACUUUUUUCCCUUGAUUUUGAAAACAAUGACACAAAAAUGAACGUGUCCUAAAGCACAAAAGAUCAUUACUUUUAGUUUGUAAAAAGUUUAUGAUGCAAAUUGUUAUUUUUUCCUCUUUCAAUGAUAUCUUUCAUGCUUUUUCAUGAAGUUUCAGAAUGUGGAAUGUCAUUUUGGUUGCUAUAAUGUGCCUUUGUUGCCUUUCUUACAUCUUUGCAUUUUCUGACCCAGAAAAACUGUUAUUAACGUGAGCAACACUUUAUUUUUACUGCCACAAAAACUGGCAUACGUAGUGAAACAGCAGCUGACAUUUCAUUUCUUGUAGAACAUAAAUACAAAAACCAAAAAACACAAAUUUACAUUAAAAUAAAUGUAACAACAAAGCAAACAAACAUUGCUUUCUUAUAAUCCAACAUUUCUGUAAUUAUAUCAAGAUCAGAGGGAAAAUGAAAAGGUGAAUUAAAAAGUUUUGUUUUCCCGUUUUUUCUUUGUUAUUGUCUUCCAUCUGUUUAAUCUGUAGCAAAAAAGUAAAAAUGACAAACCUGCUAUUUAUGUGGAUUUGCACAUUUUAGUUCCAAUAUAACAUUUUAAAGAUUUCAGAAUGUAAUUUUUAUGUUCAGAAACUUCUUCUUUUUUGAUCCAUGUUGGAGACAAAUAUGCAUUUGUCAAGUUUUUGGCUGCUUGUGGGGUAAACAAAAUGUAGAACAUUUCUUUUUAUCCUCUUUAUAACAAAUUGCACUGUUUAAUUCAAACUUAGCACUGACAAAAAAAAAUUGGUUCCUCUAAUGGAGCUUAUAUUAUACAUAAUUUAUCAGAUUCUGAAUUUUUAUUUACAUUUUUUUUCUUUACUUGUUGUUGUUUUAAGCAAUUUACAUUUGAAUGAAAAAUAUGCAUUACCCAAAAUGCAUUUUGACUCAUAAAAAGCACUACAUUUAUACAUAGUAAAAGUUCUGUGUCCCUCACUUGUCACCUUUAGCUGUUUGCAAGAGUUUAUUAGCUUGUUUUACAUAUUUUAUUAGUGGUCGACAUGUUCACUGUAAAUAUGAAUCAAUAAAUGUCUCCUCCAUAA